AUGGCACUCGUUUCCCCGGGGAUUAUGUUCCGUGCAAAAUUUUAUUGCGACGCCAGGGACGCAAACGGUAGUACCGGGGACAUUAUACCGGAUCGCGUCGUUCGACAGUGGCGACGCCAUUUCCUUCUAGUCGGAUUUUACUCACAUGAACACAUCCACUAUUUUUUGGCGGGAGCGGGUUUAUUAUCACUGUCACCUCUUUUAUCAUUUAAAUCACCAGCGGAAUUCGCGCACUUUGGACAGGAAGUGAUGAUGGAUACCGGUAUAGCGGUAUUUUGGGGAAAGGAGAAAAAUUCCAUUUGUAAGAUGCUAAUUUGA